AUGUUAUUUUCGAUCUAUCGUAUAUCUUCAAAUAAUAAUAUUCAAUAUUCUUUUGUUACAGCGGAGGGCAGCCUGUCCGACUUUGCGGAUCGCAAAGUCCAAUACACGGCAAGUCAUCCCCUCAAAAAGGGCCUGUUCACACCCGAUACAAGACCGUCGAGUAUACGCAAGCUAUAUGAAAAGGCGACGACAGACCGUCUGUCUGCAUCGAUCCUAGACCAACUACGGAGGGAUUCUCAGCACUCCCCAUAUCUGUUGUGCACCCCAGUUCUUAGCACUAAGCGAAGACGAAUCUACCAUAAGGUCGAUGUGGAAAUCGAAACCCGCAUUCCGUCAGUCGUUGAGCAACUUCGGAAAUGGACGUCGAAAGAGGCAGUGGGUGACGUGACAGCCCUGCCGGACGCGUCCAUGAGGAUCGCAAGCAGCGUCACGUUGACGCCGGACGAGCUCUCUGAAUGCGGGUCCGGAGACGACGAACCUAUCGAUCAUCGGCUGCCCAGUCCCGACGAACAACUUAGGAUCAUUGCUUCCAAGUUCCCCCCGGAGGUCGUAGCCAUCGAUACGUCUGGGAAAUUCUUCGAUAGAAUGUGCAGCUCCCGAAAAUCUCUACACCUAGAGAGUACUACCGGUGAGACGGACACGGUGAAACGAAGGACCCGGACAAGAAAACCUCGGGGUAAAAGACGAAACACCAUUUCGGGCACUGACCAAAAAGAGCUUAGAGAGGCUAUAGCUGGCGAUACAUCAAACGCGGCAGCUUCUGAAGAAAUCGAAGAUAGCAAUACAGUCAUCAGGUCGAAGUCUAGUGAUUUACUUAAGAAAAGUCCUAUCGAUCCGGUGACCAAGAAGGGACACUUCAACUCUCUAAAACAAUGGGGCAAAAACAGACUAAAGCUAAUCGGUAGAUCUCCUAGUGCCAGUAGGGAUAACUUUAAGGAUACUUCCAAGUGUGAGAAGGCUAAGGAUUCAAAAUCACCGCCUAGGCAAGUAGAAUUGGUCCAAGAUUCUGUGACGAUGCGUAAGAAACGCCCCGGAGACGAAGACAGGAGGACACAUCAGAGAUGUGCAUCGUAUUCCUCUUCUGAGAAAAGUAUAGGUGUCCCCAGUAUCGUUCAACCAAAUAUCGCGACUAUUAAUACAGGCGUUAAAUUACGAGGAACAUCAGUACAAAGAAGACUAAGACGAUCAGGCACUGCCAAAGAUGAACCUCAUUCGUCGAGUGGUAAUUGGUCAGCAAGUUCUGAGUCCGGUCGGACGAGUAUAGGUUCUGAGAUAACCACUACAACAGUGCCUCCAAAAAGUACAACUUCAGCCGCGACAUCUAACAAUUCGUUGAAUGCUCACCACGGCCCACCAAGUUCUAUAAUUAGUAGACGAAGAUUCCUCAAUACCUCAGGCUCAGGAAGUGCGACAAGUGAGGGCACGCUAACACCAGACAUAAUUCAUGAUUUGCACGAAGAUUUGGAAACAAGUUCGGAAUUCUCAUGUGAUACCGAAGGUUACUACACAUCAUUCCAUAUGGACUCGGGCUUGAAGACUUUGAAGGAAGAGGAAAUUACGCCAAGUACACCUCUGCAUACAAGUAAUGCUCUUUCCAACUCCUCUAAUAGUCAGAAUAUGACCGCGGAGAAUGAAUACGAAUUAUUUGGAAAGGGUUCCACAAGUACAACUACAAGUUCUGCUGGAACAGUUUGUACCACGUUAAUGGCUGCUGGCAGCGAUAGAUCACUGGUAAUAGGUCCAACAGUGCCGGAACGGAAGAGUUCAUUAGCGAAAAUGAGCAGAAAUAGAAGUGCUAAUGCACACAGCGCAAAUACUAGUUUAGACAGGAGCAUAAAUUCAUCAUUCUCAAAGUCUCCUUUCAGCAGCCUAAGAUAUAACCCAGUAAGGUAUAGUGAUAAACCAGCAUAUAAUAAUUCUUCACCAGAAAUAAAUGAAGCUACUCCUCCAACUAUCACCAUUACAAGAAAUGUCGGUAAUCAUACAGAAAUAACAGCUGUAGCCGAAGUCCACACGGAGACUGAACUUGAGAGUGCCAAGAAAAGUACAGGUACGAGUUCUCCUGACUCAGGCCAUAACACGUCUAGUUCACCUAUUGAAGACUCCGUGUCUAGUGCGCAUGGAAAGAACAGCCUAUCAGAACAAGACUACUCAGAAUCAUCAGAUCUCGAAGGUACAGAAAGAAUAGAAAGGAUAAGAUACAAGACUACCAUUAACAGCUCUAGAAUUCCUUCCAUGUGUGUAAUAACACCGUCUAACUCUGAUGACGAAAGUGAAAGUAGCAAUAAAGAUUCUGACAUUGUUAUCAAAACUCAAACGGAAUUAUCAAAAGUAGCCAGUCGGCCAAAAUUAGACCUCCCGGUUGAAGAGAAACCGAAAGAAGUGAAAACACCUACAGAAUUAACGAAGCCAAGUAAUAAAGGAAGUCAAAUUAAAUCUUCAUUACAGCCUUUUAAUAGUUUAAUGUGCAAAUUAAAAGGUGUUCUCCCUCAUAAACUGUCUAAUAAAAAGUCACCGGUAUCAAAAGAGCCAGAAUUAACAGAGGACUUUUACGAUACCGGGGAUUACGUUACUAUAGCUGAUGUAAAGAAUAAUAACCAGAAAUUAAGUCUGAAUAGAGGCAUCUACGGUAACAGUGAUGUAGUCAAGAAAAAUUUGCAAACUGUGCUCUCAGGUAAACUGCCAGAAACAGAAUAUGUAUCACUUAAUGAAUUGCCAAAUUGCCUUAGUGGAAGUAAAGACUAUUUAGAACAUAGCCUAGAAGAUAAGCCUUCACCAGCACUAGAAGAUGUUCAAAUUAAAGGUGCAAAAGUUACACUUGACUCGCAAGGGCAAGUUAUUUACUCGUCUGAUACACUAAAGAGAAGAAAAGGAGCACACACCACUUUCGAGCCGGGACCGUUCGUGCAAGAAAUUAAGCCAACGACAACGGUCAUCCAACGUGAAACUGCUGAUGUUGUGCAAGUUAUUGACGAGACUGAUUUCCCUUACGAACCACCGCCGCCAUCAAGUAAGCCCACGUCCCCACAACUAGGGAAAAUGAUUAUCAAAGCACCGACUGCUCCCGAUGGACUAAUGACUACAGAAUUCGUUACUUUACCGACUCCCAAACCCAGUACAAUUAUUACUGCUACACCAAUUACCGAAACACCUGUACUUAGCAACCAACAACACUCGAAAAUAACUAAAAACCCACAAGACGUACCGCGAGUAGUAGAAGCAAUCACUAGGACUGGGGCUUAUGUAAAUAUACACGAUGCGGAGGGUGUCAGCUUAUCUCCGACGAAAGACGAUUUAGCAGGUAAGAAUGUUUCCUCAAAGUCUAUAUCAAGACAACUUUUCGAAACGAAAUUGCAAAGUAUAGAUGUCGCUGACCUAGCUCCCCAAGUAAACGAACAAAUAAUUCCAUUCGUUCCCAACUUCCAAACUCCUAUAAUAUUGCAAAAUAAAUUCGAAAAACAAGAAUUCCUCAAAUCAGGCAGCAAAGUAGCUGAAGUUUUAAGAAUGUUUACUAAUAAAAAUAAUACUAAUGGUAAUGGAGAGUUUAGCCUCAGUAACACUAACGACGAACUUCUCGAUAAAUCAAAUCUCAAUAAAGUAAAACGUAGCGAUAGCUAUAAGUUGGCAAACUCCCCGUUGAUGCCCAUCAAAAAGCUACUGAAACUUGAAAGUUUUGGCACAAAUAACAAAAAAGUGGACUCGCUAGAAAUGAUCCAAGCCGAAAUAGCAGCAGAUUUAUUACGCGAUCAAAUUAACUACCCGCCAACUGUAUCCCCUAAACUGAGUCAUAGAACUGCUAUUGACGAAUUGGAAAAGUGUGAAUGUAUGAGUAAUAACACUUCUUUCAUUGACGAUGACUUCGAUUCCAAAUUGACUGCUUUAACGUUGAGUCCUUUCGCCACGCCUUUGGCUAAACGGCACACGGUAGCUAUCAUUCCUGACACUAGAGAUACGUCUCUAGAUAUCUUAUCUGCAAUACUAGACGCAGACCCAGACGAUGUCUGUAUCCUUCACUGUCCACCCUCUUGCCCUCUCACCCCUAGUAAAGUCACGGUACCUGUUGAUAGUUCUAUGCAUCGUGCUAGAAUUCUCUCCAUUUCCGAGUCCGACUAUGGCACCGAAAUCUGUGAAGGAGAUUGCUUCCAAUGUUUCGUCUUUAACGACACCUUAAAAGACUAUCGACAUUCCAGUGCUGACAAGCCCUACUUGAACAUACCGCCAAGUGUAAUCCAAGACAAGGGACCAACAGUAGACUUGAAUGCGAUUAAUCCCACCUUACAUCGAUACCAUACUGCUCAUCUCCGCGGCAGGCACGGUGUCGUCGACUAUGAUAAUUCAAAUGCAGCUCAAAGAGACCAACCGAAAUUCUGGACGCUUCCUAAACGAAGCAACUUAGAAUCCAAUGCGCCUCAAAGAUCUGCGUCUAGUUACGGAAUGAAAACUGCAGCAGCCAACAUACCAGCACCAGAAAAAAGAGCACAGGGUUCCACUAACACAAAUGAUGAAUCUAUCAAAAUAUCUCCAAUAGAUCCAAGAACUUCAGGACACUUCAAGUCAUCGACUCCAUCUAAUAAAGAAAAUGUUGUUGAUCUUGGUACAAAGUUACUAUCCCCUGUCAAGUCUACAAUGACUAACGAAGAACUUUAUGCUGUUAUACAUAAAAGUAAAAAGAAGCUGAACAUUAAAGAUACUACCGAAAGAUCAGAAUCGCCUGCAUUGUCCACUAUUAGUUUAUCACCAGUUAAUUCGGAGACGUCACUUUAUACAAAGGGUUCACAGCGUCAUCCAGAAACAGGUUACUUAGGAGACCCAAGAAAUAGAAUGAGCUGGUCUCCCUCUGAAAAACAGAAUAUCUUUCCGACUGCAAGUCCUAUCUAUGGAACACAAAAGCAAGAAACCAAUUGCGCAGAUAGAUAUGGACCUAUGUCGCAAACCUCCAGGCUUGAUUUCAAAAAGCUUUUAUUGCAACACAGUGUUAAACUAAAUACGUUGCCGCAGAACAAAACCAAUAAGUUAUCAGCAGUUGAGCAAUUAAAAUUAUCGAGAGAAAAACCACAAACAUUACCUUCUCAAGUUACUAAUAGAUCGCAAGUAAAUAUUCUGGAUUUAAGUGGAUCUCCUAAAACGUAUACUCAUAGAAAAGUUAUGAAACCAAACGUUCAGCCUAGUUCACCAGGAAGAACAGGAUCUUUAAUCAAAGAACAUAAAAAUACGCCUAAAAUUCUACUAUCUCCUAAAUCACAAUGGCGAUUUGCCAGUCCAAGAUCAGAUGUUUUGUCAACCCCUAUACCCGAAGCUUACAAUGAAGAUGACAAUUCAAAUAGCUCGGGAGAAAAGCAUGAAGUUUUAGUGGAAACCCCGCCUUCAAAAACAGUUCCUAUUGUCACCAAUCAACAUUUUGGAGCGCGACGAAACUUAAUUCCUAUAAAUGAAACCACUCUAGAAAUGGAAAGAAAUUUCCCACCAUCAACAGAUCAAGGUGUGUAUCCUCUGAACACUGACUUCAUAAGGUCACAAGGUCUGUCAAGAACAGAAAUACUGCAAGCAAAGAGAGCAGAGUUUUUCAAUACGUGCCCUGAGUCAUCUCCACCUAAAUUAACCUCCUUCAAGAGUCCAAAUGCGGCUGGUCCGUCUGUAAACUCUAGAAGCAAAACUUCUCCGGAGCGAGGCAAGGUAUCGCCUACUACUCUGGAAACUGCAUUAUGAUAAAGCUGAUAUUGAUGUGUCAAAGCGGUGCUUUAGAAAUUCCAAUCUCAAAGUUUGUAAAUAAGGCAAUGAAAUUCAUAGAAGCUUUAAUCUAGUCUUUUCUUUCGCUUACAGUGCCAUUUUUGCAGGCACUUAUUUUCCAUAACCAGUAUUUGAAUACUUCAUAAUUCGAGCUCAAAUUAUUUUUAUUUUAACGCUCUAUGGGGCCAAUUAUGUUCAGUGUAAUAUUUUCUACUCUACAACAGCUGUUUUAUAAAACUUAGGAUGUAAGUAUUUAUUGAGUACAUUUUGAUAGGUACUAUGUUAGCAAUGUUUUGAACUUUUUCAAAGUUUUUAAGUUAUUCGGAAUACAAUUUUAAAUAAAACGUGUUGAACUAUA